AUGUGCGGCAUUCAUGCCGUGAUCGCCUCUCGAGACACCCCAGCCCUUUCUCGUGAGGUUGAGGAGAAAUUGCAUGCAAGGGGACCAGACCAUGUCGGGACAACACGCGUCGAGUUUGGCGACGCGUCCGUGACGUUGACCUCCACAGUCCUCUCUCUCCGAGGUGAUCACAUUGCGCGGCAGCCACUGGUCGAUCCAAAGAGCGGCUCUUCUCUCUGCUGGAACGGCGAGGUGUGGCGGAUUGAUGGGCUCCUGGUUACGGGCAGUGACACCGAAGCGGUGUUUCAGCUUCUCGUCAAGGCAAGCUCACAUCGUGCCGCGGACUUGUCUGAGGAAGACCCAGUCCUCGCUGCACUGCGAACUAUUGAAGGCCCAUUCGCGUUUGUGUUUGUCGACAGACCGGCUCAGCGCCUGUACUAUGGCCGCGAUCGACUCGGUCGGCGCUCCUUGCUCGUCCAGACUGGACCCAGUAUUACGCUGUCCAGCGUAGCCGAAUCCACAUCCGAGGGAUGGCGAGAAGUCGAAGCCGACGGCUGCUAUAGCUUAUCACUCGACCGUUCAGAUCCUGGCGCAGUCUUCGAACCUCAGCGGCACGCUUGGCUCGAAGGCGAUGACUUGCCCAUUGAUCUACUGAACGUUGCGUUUGAAAACCCGCGCAUCGCCGCGCAGCAUCAGGACCUUUCGACCGACGACCUAUUUGAGCUCUGUCCGGACCGCAUCACCGCCAGGAAAACCUUCGCUGAACUGCAGGCUGCAUGCCCCGGGAGGAAAUGGAGGCUCGUUGCGGUCAAUGUCCCAUACUCCCAGACAAGAGCUCAUCGCGCUGAGAUUGUGCACUUGAUGUAUCCUCACAAUACCGAAAUGGACCUCUCCAUUGCCAAUGCCCUCUACUUUGCGGCCAGGGGCCAGGGGCAAGGUUGUCUUGCUAUGGAAUCGCCCUCGACACCCUACACAACCACAGCUCGUGUCCUUUUAUCGGGCCUUGGCGCAGACGAGCUUUUCGGCGGCUAUGUGCGCCACAACACAGCCUUUCAACGCAAUGGCUAUCCCGGUCUCACCGAGGAAUUAAAAUUGGAUGUCAGUCGUCUGGGCAAGCGUAAUCUUGGUCGCGAUGACAGGGUCAUGGCACACUGUGGAAAGGAGGUGAGGUUUCCUUUCCUGGACGAGCGACUCGUCAAGUGGGCUAUUGAGCUCCCGGCAUGGGAGAAGUGUGACUUUAGCACACCAGCAGGAGAAGGACAUCCCGAUGCUGAGAAGAGAGUCUUGAGGCUACUGGCACAGGCAGUUGGACUCCCCUCAGUGGCCACUGAAAAGAAGCGAGCAAUCCAGUUUGGGACGAGGACUGCCAAGAUGGAGAGCGGCAGAGUCAAGGGCACCACGUCGAUUACGCUGUGA